AUGUCGGGUGGGUCGGUGAUUGCAUCAACGAGCAAUAGCGCAUCCUGCGGUGGUAAACUCAAGAGGAAGCGCAAUAGGAUUCCGCUGAGUUGUACGAUUUGUCGGAAGAGGAAAGUUAAGUGUGAUAAGAGCCGUCCGCACUGUGAACAGUGUGUCAAGACCGGUGUGGCGCAUCUAUGCCAUUAUAUGGAGCAGAGUUGGGCAGAAGAAGCUGAGAAGGAGAUUUCUAAGGAGGCGGAGCUGAAGCAGCUGAGGGAGCGGGUCAAAUCGCUGGAAGAAAGCCUGUCUAAAGUGCACUCGGUUUGCAGUCACACUCCGGAUAGUAACAUUUUGGUUCUGGAUAAUCAUAAUGAUAUCUCUAGCGAUGAUUCCAAAUUGCUGUCGCAGUCGAACAAGUAUAAUAAUGAUGAGCUGGAUCUAACAAGGCAGUUUGAUAUGCUGCAUUUGAAGAAUAACGGGACGAUUCACUUGGGUGCUACACACUGGCUCGCGAUCAUGAAAGGUGAUCCUUAUUUAAAGCUGCUGUGGGGACACAUUUUCUCCAUGCGGGAAAAGUUAGCCGAGUGGUACAGCCAGAAGAGGAAGAAUCCGCGUCAGAAAGGGUUAGGUAAGCCAGGAGCACCGAAAUCAAAAUGCCCGAUAGAUCACUCGGGUAUGGGGUUUUCUUCAAAUAGAUUAGAAGAUACGCCGUCGCCUUUGCAGACUUUACCAUCCAAAUGUCCCGUGGAUCACGCUGCGAUGUCAAAGUGUCCGGUCAGCCAUAGUGUCAGCGUAAAGGUCGAACACGAAGCUGUUCUCCCCAGACCAACUUCACUUCCCUCUUUUCAGAACUUGGCUUCCAGGUGUCCUGUCAUACAUACAGAUCCUUCUGCCAACUUUAAAGAACCGCAGAUGCCCCAGCCUCAAAUGCAAUCUUUACAGGCUGGAAAUAGAGUUCAAUCCUUGGAUCAAAUAUUAGCCAGAAUAGCUGAGCUGCUGCCACCGAAAAGGAUAAUUGUGAUGUUCAUGGAAAAAUUCUUCAAACAGAUAUAUCCAGUGAUACCUAUCAUUGAUGAGCAAAACUUCAAAAAUCAUAUGAAUCAUAUAUUGACAUUGAGAUGUCAGGCGGAUGAAAGCGAUAAGGUGCAGAGGCUCCGAAUGACUAAAUUGUCUGAUUACUGUAAUAUGGGCAUUUUGGUCAUAAUACUUAGAUUGACAUGGCUAUCAUUACCAUCCAAUGCCUGUGAAAUUAAUCUCGGUUCCCACUGUUCAUCAUUUUUGAUGCCUCACGUCAACACCGCUACUGUAACCCAGGCGAAGGAAGAAACAUUGCUCAUCAAAUAUGAAACGCCUGUGGAAGCGUUAGAACUGAUACGUGAACACCUGAUCAAAUUUGAUCAGAUCUCUAGCAUAUCCAACAGCAACGUGAAUCUGACCACUGUUCAGUUUGCCAUAUUCUACAAGCUUUAUUUGAUGUGCUGGGCGAAUGAUAAUCCUUCGCACAACACAGCCUCAGAUCCGCUUGUUCCAGGUACUACCAACAAUGGAGGUGGCCAGGACAAUGAGACACAUCAAGUAUUGUUGUCGAGUAUCACGCAAAUGGCCUUCAGCUGUGGCCUUCACCGUGACCCCGAUAAUUUUCCGCAACUCAAUGCCGUUUCCCAUGGUAACACCGAAAAUCCUUCUAAAGUAGUCGUCGGCAACGGUAAUCCUGCAAGCUCAUCUGCAAAGAUGAGUAAAGAGGCUCAGACCAGUACUGAAAGAUUUAAACAUACUUGGAGAAAGACAUGGUAUUAUAUUGUCUCUCUCGACGUUCAACAGUCGCUGUCCCUCGGGACACCCAGAUUACUGAGAAAUUUGAGAGAUUUCAGUGAUACCAAACUACCCUCAGCUUCAAAGAUCGAUUAUGUUCGUGACAUCAAAGAACUAGUGAUUGUAAAAAAUACAACAUUGUUCUUUCAAAUAGAUCUUUGCGUCAUUGCUGUUCUGAAUCAUAUUUUGAAUGUCUCUUUGGCUAAAAAUGUCAGAAAGUUUGAGCUCGAUUCACUUAUUAGUUCUCUAAGUGAUCUCACUCAUGGGAAGAGGAACAUAUGUGAUGUAGUCACGAGCUUGAUCAAUAGAGGUCUUCUUCAUACAGCAGAAGGAAUGGUUGAUCAAAAUCCUGACGAAGUAUAUGGUCUGCCAAGCUUAGAAGAAAUUUUAUCUCAGCAAUUCUCGUCUUCAUCAGAGACUGACGUAGACAAGAAGCUGGACCUAGCGCAUGAAUCAGCAACUAGGGCUCUUUUCUUCUCGAAACAUUUGACUUUAAGAAUGCUGUUGUACCUUUUGAACUAUAUCUUGUUCACGCAUUACGAACCCAUGGCAGUCGAAGACCCGGGCACCACUGCUAUUGCCAAAGAAUAUGCUCAAGAAACUUUAAAUUAUGCCAUGGACGGAUAUAGGAACUGCAUGCUGUUUUUCAACAACCUUAAGAGCACCGGUUCGAUGAGUUCCAUGUUUAGCUACAUGGAAGUUUUGCUGGCACCUCAAUGUUUGGAUAUAGGCCACCGUGCUUUGCAGUUCAUAGUAUGCCUGAUAUUGCGUGCUAAAUGUGGACCGCUCACAGGUAUGGGCGAAGGUGCAAUUGUGAACUCCAACGCUGGCAGCAGUAGUAGUGAAGAUGAACACGAAGUAAGCACAACGAGGAAAGAAUCUUCUGUAGAGCUUACUGACGACGUUGCUAAGGAUAUAAGUUUGGACGCCGGGGAGUCGCUAGCUGAGACACUUCUCGAAAGGAUGGCGUUGUUCCAUAAAAUGACCAGACAAAUGUGUGUUAAAUACCACUAUGCGACGAGGAUAAUGAAAUCAACGGGCUUUUUUCUGGCGCUCCUCAAGCAUCCGAACGCCAAAUUGAAAAAUGAACGUAAGAGUGGGCUGGACCUUGGUAAGAAACCAGUAUUCUCGAACUUUUUGAAGAACGUGCCUUCUUUGAUACUUUCUGCGGAUGGAGAGCAGCUGAAAAGAUGUCCGGUGUACCAAGAUGCUGUUGGUUUCGUAGGGCCGAGAACUGCUAGCAACAUAGGUCAAACCACCUUUCCACACGGGAAUGCUCGUUUUGGAGCCCAACUACCACUGCUGAGAUCGUACAAGCCAAUAACAUACACUAGCAGUAACAUGCGCCGCACUGGCGAGUUGGAAGAAAAUGAGCAAAAGAGGCGUCGCUUGGACACCGAACCUCGUGUGGAGCCUCUCAAGUUAGCCGACUUGGUACCGGCAGCCUUGCCGCCUAUGCAGCCAAUUUCGCCACCGGCCAUGACGCCUAAUGGAAUGGUUUCAGAGCUCAGAGCGCCUUUGCCAUCUCUCGGUAGAAUUGCUGGUCAAUUUACGCCAUUGCAAGUGCAAAAUGAAAAUGCGAUGUAUGUCGCGAAUGCGAAUGGUCUCGGUGUGCCAAAAGACAGUGCCACUGGCGGUCUGGUAACGUUUACGUCGCCAGUGUCCGACACUUCGUCGUCAGUCAAUUAUACUCCAGCUUUCGAAGAUUUUUUACUACAAAAUUCCAAUUUCAACGGAAUCAUGAUAAACCCCUCCAGCAUUGUGGAGGCUGUUGGGUUCCACAACUUCGACAGUACCGAUUUACCGAUCGGUAAUGAAGCAGUUGAUUUUUUGCCCAUAGAUAACGCAGCAAUCGAUGGGUUAUCUGAGCUAACGGGGACUGAGUUCCCGGCAUGGGAAUAA